UUUGAAGGAGUUGGCAGAGUCUCCUGCAGGGAUCACAUCAGUCUCAGUGGGGGGAAACUGUGCUGGGCGAGGGGAGGACAAGGCGUCAGUAGUUUUUGCAGACUUGUCUUACAAAGUGAUUCAGAGAUGCAGAGCUGCGCCAAGUCCUGGGGGAUCUUCUUGGCCAAGUCGGUGAAUCCCAGCGCACCGUGCAGGCGGCUGAGUGACAAGAGCCGCGUGGUUUGGAAACUUCAACGCAGGGCAUCCCUAACAACAGCAGCCCGGGGUCUGAAGACGUCUGCGGCCGUCUCCUCCAGGCAGAUAGAGAGGAUUUUACCCAGACAUGAUGACUUUGCGGAGAGGCACAUCGGUCCAGGUGAGAGGGAGAAAAGAGAAAUGCUGGAUGCGCUGGGACUGGAGACUAUCGACCAGUUGAUUGAAAAUACAGUUCCAGCAUCCAUCCGCAUACAGCGGAGUAUGAAAAUGGAUGAUCCAGUCUGUGAGAAUGAAAUUCUGGAGUCUCUACAAAAGAUUGCUGAUCAGAAUAAAGUAUGGAGGUCCUACAUUGGGAUGGGCUACUACAACUGCUCAGUACCGCCACCCAUCCAGCGUAAUCUCUUGGAGAAUUCAGGCUGGGUGACUCAGUACACUCCCUACCAACCGGAGGUCUCUCAGGGUCGCCUAGAGUCUCUUCUCAACUACCAGACCAUGAUCUGUGACAUCACAGGCAUGCCUGUGGCCAAUGCCUCCUUGCUGGAUGAGGGUACAGCCGCUGCUGAGGCCAUGCAGCUCUGCCACAGACAGAACAAAAAACGGACCUUCUAUAUCGAUCCACGCUGCCAUCCUCAGACCAUUGCUGUGGUGCAGACCAGAGCCAACUACAUUGGGGUUAAAACAGUGCUCAAGCUGCCUCAUGAGAUGGACUUUAGUGGGAAGGAUGUGAGCGGUGUCCUCUUCCAGUAUCCAGACACUGAUGGCAAGGUUGAAGACUUCACAGCCCUCGUAGACCGGGCACACAAAGGAGGGGCUCUGGCUUGCUGUGCCACAGAUCUGUUGGCUCUCUGUGUACUACGUCCUCCGGGCGAGUUUGGCGUUGACAUCGCCCUGGGCAGCUCUCAGAGGUUUGGGGUUCCUCUCUGCUAUGGCGGCCCCCACGCUGCUUUCUUUGCUGUUAAGGACAACCUGGUGCGGAUGAUGCCUGGCAGAAUGGUUGGAGUCACCAGAGACGCAGCUGGUAAAGAGGUAUAUCGACUCGCUUUGCAGACCAGAGAGCAACACAUUCGCAGAGACAAAGCAACCAGCAACAUCUGCACUGCACAGGCUCUGCUGGCCAAUAUGGCUGCCAUGUAUGCUCUGUAUCAUGGUCCUCAGGGGCUCAAACACAUUGCUGAGAGGACUCACAAUGCUGCUUUGAUUCUUGCAGAAGGUCUGAAGAGAGCAGGACACCGGCUGCACAGUGAGAUGUUUUUCGACACCCUGAAGAUCAACUGUAGCGUAGCAGCCAAAGACAUCUAUGAGAGAGCUGUGCAGAGGGAGAUUAACCUGAGAGUCUACAAUGAGGGAGUGCUGGGCGUCUCUCUGGAUGAGACAGUGACUGAGAGGGACUUAGAUGACUUGCUGUGGGUCUUUGGCUGUGAAUCUUCAGCUGAGCUGAUUGCUGAGAAGAUGGGUGAGCGGGUGAAAGGGAUCAUGGGAAGUCCUUUCAAGAGGACAAGCAAGUACCUCACACAUCAAGUCUUCAACAGUUAUCACUCUGAAACCAAUAUUGUGAGAUACAUGAAGCGUCUGGAGAACAAGGACAUCUCCCUGGUGCACAGCAUGAUCCCACUGGGUUCCUGCACAAUGAAGCUUAACAGUUCUUCAGAGCUAAUGCCAAUCACAUGGAAGGAGUUUGCCAACAUCCACCCCUUUGUGCCUCUGGAUCAGGCUGACGGUUACCAGAAGCUAUUCAGACAGCUGGAGAAGGACCUCUGUGAGGUGACUGGCUAUGACAACAUCUCCUUUCAGCCAAACAGUGGUGCUCAGGGUGAAUAUGCUGGUCUGGCUGCCAUAAAAGCUUACCUGAACUCAAAGGGAGAGAACGGCAGAAGUGUCUGUCUGAUCCCCAAAUCAGCCCACGGCACAAACCCAGCCAGCGCUCAGAUGGCCGGUAUGAAGGUUCAGGUGGUGGAGGUGGAUAAGGAUGGUAACAUUGACCUGGCACACCUCAAGGCCCUGGUGGAUAAACACAAGACUAGACUGGCAGCCAUGAUGAUCACCUAUCCUUCCACCUUUGGUGUAUUUGAGGAGCACAUUGGUGAUAUUUGUGCUCUUAUUCAUGAGAAUGGUGGCCAGGUGUACCUGGAUGGAGCUAACAUGAAUGCUCAGGUCGGUCUUUGUCGUCCUGGAGAUUACGGAUCUGAUGUGUCGCAUCUCAACCUGCACAAAACCUUCUGCAUCCCUCACGGUGGAGGAGGGCCGGGUAUGGGGCCGAUCGGAGUGAAGGCCCACCUUGCCCCCUUCCUGCCGAGCCACCCGGUGGUCCCAAUGCAGUCCGUCAACACAGGCAGCUCACUGGGCACCAUUAGCGCUGCCCCCUGGGGUUCCAGUGCCAUCCUGCCAAUCUCCUGGGCUUACAUCAAGAUGAUGGGAUCUAAAGGACUGGUUCAUGCUACAGAGGUGGCCAUCCUCAACGCCAACUAUAUGGCCAAGAGGCUGGAAGGUCACUACAAGGUGCUCUUCAGAGGCAGGAAAGGUUUUGUUGCCCAUGAGUUUAUUCUGGAUGUGAGGCCUUUCAAGAAGACGGCAAACAUUGAAGCUGUCGACGUAGCCAAGAGGCUGCAGGAUUAUGGUUUCCAUGCUCCCACCAUGUCGUGGCCGGUGUCUGGAACCCUCAUGAUUGAACCCACAGAGUCUGAGGACAAGGCAGAGAUGGACCGGUUCUGUGAUGCCCUGCUCAGUAUCAGGCAGGAGAUCGCAGACAUCGAAGAGGGAAGGAUGGACUCUCGUAUAAACCCGCUUAAAAUGGCUCCUCACUCCCUGGCCUGCGUCUCCUCCUCCACCUGGGACAGACCUUACUCCCGGGAGCUUGCUGCUUUCCCCCUGCCGUUCAUCAGACCAGAGACCAAAUUCUGGCCGAGCAUCUCCAGGAUUGAUGACAUCUAUGGUGAUCAGCACCUGGUGUGCACUUGCCCGCCCAUGGAUGCUUACGAGUCCCCGUAUGAGGAGAAGAGAGCCUCAUCAUAGACGCUCCCUGUGCAGGCCUAAGAGCUCUAAAACCUCACAGACCUAACCCCUAGAUACUGAGAGAAAAUAUUGGAGCUCACAGCUCUACCAGAUGAAAUCAAGAUAUGAGGGGAUAAAGUGUGAUGCUGAUAUUUAAUCUAUGGUUUAGGAGAAGUGGUUGGCAUUUCCUCGCUUUUGUACAAAAACAAAAAGAUUCUUGUGCUCUCAGUGGGCCAAAAGAAAAACAUACAGCUGUUUGUAGGAUUGUUGGAUGAUUUAAUAUUCCCCUAUUGGUCCCUGUGUUUAAUAUCAAUGCUGUAUGAAUCAGGUGUUCACGUCUGUGAGGUAGACAUGGGCACCAGGCUUUAUGGGGUUUUCCCUCCUUGAACUCUUCCUGUGGACCAAAAGGUGCAACUUUUGCUUUUUUAGAUUGCAAAAUAACUGCACCCUGAGGGACUGAGGCCUCUUUGUAACACAUUUCUGACAUUCUGUGCAUUAAGCAGAUUAUAGACCAUUUGUUAGACUCCCAGCACAAGAAAAAACCCCAGUGCCUCAGUUUCUGUUGUGUAAAAUUGCCUCGACUUUCCCUUUUUAAAAACCUGACUACAUAUUAGGUACUUUACUGUAGGCUUUUUUUAAAACUUGUAUCUGUUUUAUUGUUCAGAAGGUAGAUGAGAUAGUCUUAAUAUUAAUUUUGAUUAAUUAUUUUCUAAUUUUACCCAUUUUGUCUUUGGAAAUAUGUCUGUAUUAAACAUUUUUGUCAAUAAAUGUGUUUGGGGAUGUGUGAUGUGUAAGUCACCACUA